AGGGAGGGAGGGGCAGGAGAGAAGGCUGAGGAUGAUUCCGGCAUCCAUCUGAAUCAGACAAAAAAAACACUCAUCCUUCCUUCCCCUCACUCUUCUUCUUUCUCUUCUUUUGAUUCAACAGCUCAUAUUCCACCACCCCUCAUCCCGUGGAUCAGCAACCCCUCAGUCAAAGUCUUACUUUUUUCUUGUAAUCCCCUCCCACUUCCCCUACUCAGCUGCCCGAGCUUUUACUCUUUAUCCUCCUUCCUUCAGCAAAAUGCUGGGCAAUGGAAAGACAGCACCCGCUCCGGCUGAUGAUCCUACUAAGGAUACAGAGUCCCCCCAAGAGCAAUUGGAGGUAGAGAAUGGCAUGACCUUCCGCCCUCACCACCUCAGACCACAGAGCAAACAUACUACAUCAUUCACAUCUAUGUCGUCCUAUGCCUCCUCCGACAGCGAAGAUGAAGACAAAGAUGACAACAAGAUCCAAGGCUCUUCCUUCGCUUCUGGGGAUCAAAAAAUAUCCGUCCCCACGACAGCACACCAGUCCCCUUCUUCACAAACGCCCUCAAACAAGCUCCAUACAAGGGCACAAGAUCGUCGCCCUGGUGGAGGAACACUUCUAAGGCCCGCGGGUAAAGCCCACGACUGGUACUCUGGAGGACGAAUCACAUCCCGCGGACGAUGGUUCAGAGAUUCACAAAACAGGACACUGUUGCUGCGAGGAGUCAAUUUGUGUGGAAACUCCAAGUUACCGACGACCCCUAAUGGCAGUUCGCAUCUGAACGAGAGAUUCUUUGACCAUCGCAAUGUUUGCUUCCUGGGCCGACCAUUCCCUCGCGAUCAAGCAGACGAGCAUUUUUCGAGGCUGCGUCGCUGGGGUCUGACAUUCGUACGGUUGUUGGUGCCUUGGGAGGCCCUCGAGCACUCUGGACCGGGUAUAUACGACGAAGCGUUCAUUGAUUCUCUAGUAGAGCUAAUCGAGCUCAUGCCCAAGUAUGGCAUCAAGUGCUUCAUCGAUCCACAUCAGGACUGCUGGUCUCGGUUCUCUGGCGGAUCAGGAGCGCCUGGGUGGACGUUUGAGGUAGCUGGAUUAGACAUCACCAAGUUCAAGGUCACAGGAGCAGCCUACGUUCACAACACGAACCAGUAUCCUGGAGAUUCACCGCCCAUGGUCUGGCCUACCAACUACACCAAACUCGCCGCCAGCACCAUGUUUACACUCUUCUGGGCAGGAGACACAUUUGCACCCAACAAGACAUACCAAGGAGAGCCGAUCCAGCAGUUCCUGCAAAACAGAUAUAUUGCUUGCUAUCAGCAUCUUGCAAGACGACUGAGCCAUCUUGAUGCAAUCGUGGGAUAUGAAGUCAUGAAUGAACCACACCCUGGAUACGUCGGUCUCAAAUCUCUCAAGCGUUAUGACUUCAACACCAACCUGUUUUUCGGAGACUUUCCUUCUGCCCUCGAGUCAUUUGCUCUCGCCGACGGAAUGACGCUCCCGAUUGAGGUCUGGGUCAAAUCAUGGCCAUAUCCUACUAGAAAGGAGCGGACCAGGUUGAUCAACGUGGAAAAAGAAUGUGCAUGGAUCGACGGCGAGUGUCUUUGGAAGCAACAGGGUGUCUGGCGCGUGAACCCAAAGACAGGGGCACCGCAGAUCGUCAAACCAGAUUAUUUUACUAAGGAUCCGAUUACUGGCGAAAAAGUUGACUUUUACCGCCUCUAUCUCAAUUUUGUCAACAAAUACUCUCGAGCGAUUCAGACUGUUGCUCCAUCUGCAUUUAUCUUUGUCGGUCCGAUUCCUAAUGAGCCAGCGCCAGUGUGGGGUCCAGAGGACCACGAGGAGAAUAUCGUCUAUGCCCCUCAUUGGUAUGACCUACAUUCGAUCUUCAACAAAGCAUUCGAUGGCCGCAUCACACACAACGUGCAGGGCCUGAGCAAGGGAAUGAACGUGUUCUCAGCGACAUAUUUUGGGAUGAAGGGUGCAAAGAAGAACUACCGCGGCCAGCUGGCAAACGUCCUCAACAUUGGUUUACAGAAUGUUGGCACAAAGCCCUGUCUGAUUGGAGAAUGCGGUAUUCCAAUGGAUAUUAACCAAAGGCAGGCGUUCAUGAGUGGCGACUAUGGAUAUCAUUCCAAGUUCUUGGACGCUGUCUUGUCAGCCAUGGAGGCCAAUCUUCUUAGUUUCACACUGUGGAACUACAACACCACAAAUGACAAUACCUAUGGAGACCACUGGAAUGGCGAGGACUUCUCCAUUUUCUCGCUGGAUUCUCCUCGGCGAUCUCCUCAUCUAAUCAAUGGUAGCUCUUCGCCCAACUCAUCAAAGGCAUCGCUUCGACAGCAGGCGCCUAAUUUUGCAAAGGAAAUCAUGCGGAGAGCAGCCGCUCAGAACGCAGACGGCGGCAGCGUGAUGACAGAUGGUGUGGAUGCCACAAUCAGCGAUAAUGGCAGCACUGUCGAUAACGAUGACAACGAUACAGCCCAGGGAGAAAGGAAAGCGGAGAGAGAUGACGAGGCAGACACCAUCAUGGAUGAUGACUCACCCUUUGAUCGCUCCUACUUUUGCUUUGACUACGAAGAAUCAAAGGAUGGGCCAGAUCAUGAGCAUCACCUUGGAGGACGCGCCCUUGAUGCCGUUGUGCGACCCUAUGCUGCCAAAGUCGCAGGCGAGCCGAUUUCGAGCGAAUUCGACUACAACACCUUACAGUAUACCUUUCGGUUCUGUAACUAUAUCCAGGUUCCUGUGCCGAUCGUCCAUGUCACGACGCCGGAGCAACUAAGCCAAGGUACUGGGUCUGCCUCACUAUCAUCUGACCUUGCCAACUCGGACGGCUUCACGCUGGAUGGUCAAAAGGUUGCUACCUCUGGAAAGUCAGAGCCGAAUCCUGCUUGGAUUGGCCAUCCCCCCGAAGGCACCAUGAUGGCUUUUGAGACGGAAGUCUUUAUCCCAUCCUAUCAUUACGACGAUACUGGUCUGGAGAUUCUUGUUAGCGACGGCGACUGGCGUUAUGUGAAAGAGCGCCAGACCCUAUAUUACCGGCACCGCGACAUGCAGCCUGGCGCAGUCCAUUCGAUCAGGAUCAAGCCAGUCAACAGGUCUGCGGCAGGGACGAAUUUGACGUCGACAAAGGCGGGACAGUCGAAUUCCUCGGUGGUGGUGGAAGGAUCAGACAUACAGGUCCACUCCGGAGCAGGACCAAGUACGCCAGCAAAUACUACUGGUACCAGACCCGAGGGCGACUCUGACUGUGCUUCCUGCAUUAUCAUGUAAACUCACCUCCGAAUAUAGUAAUAUUUUUUACUUCUCAGUGAUUGGCGUUGACAUAAACCGCCACCAAAAUAAAAUAAAAAAAUGUCCGAACCUGC